AAUGAGCAGAUAAGUGCGGUCAAGGUGUCGUCGCCACUGCAGCAUCCGCUCUGCGACUCGCUGCUUCUGCUGCUGCUCACAGUCCCGCAGACAAAGUCAUGGAGGGAGGGAAGUUGUGAGGCUAAGAAGUGGGUCUACAUCCCCACGAAACGGACAAAUUAGAAACAAUGGCGGAGGCUAAUCCACUCAGGGGACUGCCCCGGAUCCAGAGGGCUGCGAUGUCAUUCCCUGGACAUUUGCAUUUAGUUCUAGUGCUGAGGCCCAAAACCCACCUUCAGACCACUGGAACAGACCUCGGUUUCCGCUUCAGUCAGGACGACUUCGCGCUCAAGAUGCCGAUGAUAAUGCUGAGCUCAUUGUCAGACCUGCUUCGCUUCAUUGAUGAAAAUCAGCUGAGCUCUGAGUUUGGUGGUAACCUGGAGCAAUGCCAUAGUGACUGGAUAGUUCUGCGAACGGCCAUAGAGAGUUUUGCAGUGACAGUGAAGGAGAUCGCUCAACUACUGCAGACAUUCGGCACAGAGCUGUCUGAGAUUGAGCUGCCCGAUGAAGCCAGUGGCAUUGAGUACCUACUCAGAUCACACACUGACAAAUACAGACAGAUGAAGGAUGACAUUAGGUCAGUUAUGAGGGAUGGACGUCAGCUGCUCUCAAACCUCGAGGCCUCAAAAGCAAUGGAAGGUGCUGCAGCAGAAGACAGAGACAUCAGCCAAGACAAAGAAAGAGUGCAGAGGCUCGUGGCACAGUUACGGGACAUGGAAAUGGCUUUUGAUGGCUUUUUUGAGAAGCACCACCUAAAGCUUCAACAAUACCUUCAACUCCUCCAAUACGAGCUGAGCUUCCAUGAGAUGGAGGCCAUUCUGGAGAAACUCAGUACGCAAGAGAAAACAAUUGCAUCUGUGGGGACAACAGUGGCCCAGACGGAGCAGCUGCUCAAAGACCUCGAGAUGCUGGAGACCACAGCAGAGGAUGAAAUGGGCCGUGCUCAGAUUAUUAUUCUGCAUGGGCACCAGCUUGCAGCAAGUCAUCACUACGCUCUUGCCCUAAUAGUUCAGCGUUGCAAUGAACUGAGGCAUCACUGUGACACUCUCACAACAGCUCUGCGUGCCAAGCGGGCAUCUCUCACACGCAUACGAGACCUGCUGUUGCGGUUGGAGGAGACUGUGCGUUGGUGUGAUGAGGGGGCCUAUUUGAUGGCUAACCAGCUGCUGGAUAAGUUUCAGUCCAAAGAGGGGGCGCAGGUAGCCCUGCGGGAUAUUGAGAAACUGAUGGAGACAGCCUCAGUCCUGCGGUCUAACCCGGGCUUCCUCAGUCUGGAGUUUGAGGCAAUACUCACACCACAGCUGCAGUCUCAGAUAGAGGCUGUCACAGAGAAGGUAUCAACAGUACAGGGAAUGAUCCAGAGCAGACAGGCCUGUCUGAGAAAGCUGGCUGAUAUUCAGGUCAGACCCAUCCAGCUGGUCGCUCCAAGGCCUGAGAACUCGCCACGCUGCAAAUCCCCUCUGUUCUCUCCUAAACACAGUUUUGAUGUGAACUCCAGUUUAAGGUUUUCUUUUGAUCUUGCACUCCCUGGUAAAAGGGGCUCACGGAAAGGUCCCAGCACUAAGAAGAUAGAGGUGAUGCACGACUACGAGGAGAACCGCAGCUGUCUAUCCUACGGCCCCGAUGGAGUUGAGAACCCUGACCAGCACAAACGCCACGUAAUGAAGGAGCUGAUUGAGACGGAGAGAAUCUACGUGGAGGAGCUGCUGUCUGUUUUGCUGGGUUAUAGGGCGGAGAUGGAUAACCCAUCUCUCUCUAAUAUACUGCCAUCUGUACUGCGAAACAAGAAAGAAGAGCUGUUUGGAAAUCUGCCUGAGAUCUAUAAAUUCCACAGCAGGAUAUUCCUGCAGGACCUCGAGAGCUGCUUAGAGUCCCCAGAAAGAGUGGGAGCACGCUUUCUGGAAAGGAAAGAAAAUUUUCAGGUCUACGAGCGCUACUGCCAGAACAAACCUCGCUCAGAUGCCCUCUGGAGGCAGUGUUCUGAUUCAGUCUUCAUCCAGGAGUGUAAAAGGAAGCUGGAUCAUAAACUAGGGUUGGACUCAUAUUUGCUGAAACCUGUUCAACGUUUAACCAAGUACCAGCUUCUUCUGAAGGAACUACUAAAGCACAGCUCAAACUCACAGUAUGCAUCUGAGCUGCAGGGGGCGCUAAAUGCCAUGCUGGAUCUCCUCAAGUCCGUCAAUGACUCCAUGCAUCAAAUUGCCAUCACAGGUUAUGAGGGUGAAUUGAGUGACCUGGGCCGCGUCCUUAUGCAGGGCUCCUUCAACGUCUGGAUCAACCAUAGGAAAGGCCCAACGCGCAUGAAGGACAUGGCUCGCUUUAAACCCAUGCAAAGGCAUCUAUUCCUUCAUGAAAGAGCUCUGCUUUUCUGCAAGAAGAGAGAGGAGAGUGGAGAGGGACAUGAUCGGACAGCCUCGUACAGCUUCAAACACUGCCUGAUGAUGAGUGCUGUUGGUAUCACAGAAAACGUCAAAGGGGAUGUAAAGAAGUUUGAAAUUUGGUACAACGGAAAAGAGGAGGUGUAUGUUGUUCAGGCUCCAACAGUAGAUGUGAAGAUUGCAUGGCUCACUGAGAUUAGAAAAAUUCUCAACAAUCAGCAAAAGAUUGACAAAGGUGAUGCUCACCCAGAUAGUGAGCAGCCAUUAUUUACACCCUUGGGCGACAGUGUGAGGCAUAUGUCCGUGUGCAUGCCCUGGAGUUCCACACAGAUCACUGGCUGCUCAGGUUGUUUUGAUGUCCUUCCUCACAGCAAGCUCCAGGGGGCGUCCGUCAGCUCAGAAGAGGCCGAUUCAGGCCGCGUGAGUCCUGUUCUGACAGACCCAGUCCUCGUUUCUCCACGUCCCAGCCACCACAACCGUCGCAGCUGGCCUGGGACUUCUCAGUCAGUGGACAUCUGUGAGGGUCUGGAGGACUGGACCACUGACAUCUCAAACAUCUCAGACUCUGAUGAAGAAGACGAUGUGCUGCUGGUUCCUGGAAGGUAUAGAGCAAUGGUGGAUCACUUAAAGUGCGGCAAGGAUGACGUUAUCGUCAAAUGUGGUGAUGUCAUUCACGUGCUGCAGGAGAGUGCUAUGGGGCUUUGGCAUGUUAAGAAUUUGACUCGUGGAGGUGAAGGAAAACUCCCUGUAGAUACACUUCUGAGAAUGCUGGAAGAUGCAGGCAGAAGUCCCUCCAUUAGGUCGGGCAGUGGACUUGUGGUGAGUGAACUGUACAGAAAGUAGAAACUGUACCUAAUG